UCAGGAAUCGCGCUCCCGCUACAUAUUGCCUGGCGGUUCAAGCAGAAUUUGCGCUUCAACGACCCGCCCUCUCGACCCGCCCGUCUGGGCCUGCCCGCCCGACCAGCCCGUUAGGGACUGCAGUCGCCGCUCGCUGCCCUUCGUCCGGCAUCCUGGGGAGAAGCUGGUGCCCGUGCUGAGUGUGCUACCCAUGGGCUUCAAGGGCGCUCUGUACGUCUGCCAGGCCCUCCACGAGGCCGUGGCCGAGGGGGUCGCGGGCGUUGAGGGGGGCAACCGGCUGGUGGACGGGAGGCCAGCGCCUUCCGUUGCCCGAGGGCCGGUGCACACCGAGUACGUGGACAAUUUCGUGGCGCUGGGCACCGACGGCGAGGAGGGGCGCCGCAUGGCCACCGAGGUCGGCGAGGCGCUGAAGGCCGACGGGCUUGGCGUGCACCCGGUGACCUGCAGCCGCGGGGGGGACACGCUCGGCUGGCACUUCGAUGAGUGGCGGCCGGCCGUAGGCGUCGCCCCUCGCACCGCCUGGCGCCUCAUCCUUGGUUUGCGAGAGUUACUGCGACGGGGUCGUGCGAGCGGCGCCCAGUUGAGAAGCAUCGUUGGUCACAUCACGUUCCGCGUCUUGCUCCGACGACCCAUCCUUUCUGUACUUUACACUGUCUACGCUUUUAUCGAUCGUCAUCCUGUUCGGGUUGCGCCUCUCUGGGACACAGUAAAGCAGGAGCUGGAGUGGAUAAGUCGCCUGGUGCCCCUGGCCUCGAGAGAGCUCAACAUGGAGUGGAGCCCCAAGGUCACCGUGUUCGACGCGAGCGAGUGGGGGUACGGGGUGAUGGAGCGGCGAUGUGAGCUCGGAGCGAUCAAGUAUGCUGGGCAGUACUCUGAUAGGCCUUGGAACGUCUCGGGGGACCAGGUGAUCUUGGAAGCUCGGGCCGGCGUGUGGGCCCUUCGUCACAUUCUUCGGGACAGCCGUGCUAUAGGACGCAGACACCUCGUUCUCAGUGAUGCCAUUGCCGUCGUGCUCGGUGUGGCAAAGGGGCGGAGCUCGAGCCGGGCCACGGGGCGCUGCCUUAAGCAGUGGGUUGCCCUGUGCCUGGCCAGCUUUGCCGUCGUUCACGUUCGCUGGAUCUGCUCCGAGCGGAACGCGGCGGACGGCGCCUCGCGGGGCUCUGAGGAGCGCAGCGCCGCGGCUGCCCGGCAUGCUGAGCCGCGGGCCGACGGAUCGACGGCUCGAGAGCGCCUCGCUCGCCACGACCUCAGCGGCUUCGAGUUCGUGGAUCCCGUCACCGGCGGCUUCAUCGGCUGCGAGGGGACCGAUCGCUUCGUCUUCCGGGCCGCUGGCGCGAGCUCGGCCGCGCACCAGCUCGCGGGCGCCAGCCGCGAGGUUGCCGCCGACGGCAGGCGGCGGGCGCUGCUGGGGCCCGGGCUGACGCAGCUGGAGCGGGGGGGGCCCCCGGGGGCGCGCGCGCGGACGGUGCUGGAGGACGAGGCAGUGGGGCCCUCGACGCAGAAGGACUACCGCCACCGCUUCGGCUGUUUCACGCGCUGGGCCUCGGAGAAGGGUCUCAGCUGGGAGACUCCAGCCAAGGCCGACGCGGCGCUGGUGGAGUGGCUGAACGAGCAGUUCUUCGAGGGCGAGCCCCUGGCGACCGGCGCGAAGAUGCUGGCGGCGCUGGGCCACCUGCUCCCGGGGGUGUCCCGUGGGGCGCUGGAGCUGCGACGCUCGCGGCGGGCGCUCCAGGGCUGGAGGCGUCACAACCCGUCCAGCUCGCGCCUGCCGCUGCCGUGGCCUGUGGUUGCUGCCUUGGUGAAGGAGAUGCACGCGCAGGGGCAGCUGGCGGCCGCAGGGGCCACCCUUGUGGCGUUCGUGCUGCUGCUGAGGCCGGCGGAGACGCUGAGGCUGGCGGGCGGCUGCCUGGUGGCUCCGGUGCGAGGCGGAGGCCGCAGCCGCCGCAAGUGGUCAGUGGUGCUCCACCCCCAAGAGAGAGGAGUGACCUCGAAGGUGGGGGCGCAGGACGAGUGCAUGGUGUUCGACAACCCCGAGUUCGACCUGGUGCUGCCGCUGCUGGAGUGGCUGCUCAAGAGCGUGCCGUUCGGGAAGCCUCUCUUCCCGCUGAGCGCGGCCCAGUGGCAGGAGGCCCUGGGGGCGGCGGCCAGGCGGCGGUUUCCCAGCCUCGCCGCGCCCACGCUAUACCAGCUCCGGCACGGCGGCGCGUCCCACGAGGCGCUCGCGCAGUUCCGCAGCUCGGAGGACCUCAUGCGCAGAGGCAGGUGGCACAGCCAGCGCUCCGUGAAGCGGUACGAGAAAGGCCGAGCGCACCCUCGGCGCGUGCCUUUCGCGGACAUACCGCGGUUAGCCGGGGCCAAGGGCUUCGCGCUGGAGAUCUUCGCGGGCAGCGGGCGCCUCAGCCACUGUUGGAGGCAGCAGGCGCCCUGGGGCCUGCCCAUCUUCGAGAUCGACGUCGGCUUCCACAGCUCACACGAUCUCAGCCGCAGAGCAGCUCAGCGUCUCAUCCUGGGCUGGAUCCGCUCGGGGUGCUGUAAGGCGAUCUGGCUGGGAACGCCCUGCGCGACCUUCUCGCGGGCGCGGGGCUCCGGGGCCGGGCCGCCUCGGCUGCGCUCGGAUGAGCAGCCGCUGGGCCUGGGCGGGCUGUCGGAGGGCGACAGGGUGAAGGUGGAAGUGGCGAGCGAGCUCUGCCGCUUCUCCGCCAAGGCCCUCCUGUGCUGCCUCGAGCGGGGCGCGCCGGCGGCGUUGGAGAACCCCGCGUCGUCCCGCCUGUGGCUGACGCCCUACAUGCGGGCCGCCGGCCAGCGGCCUGGGGUGAGAGAGACGGUGGCAGAUUUCUGCAUGGAUG